CCAAAGUCACUCGUGGAGUUUCUGGAGGCUCCUGGACUGCGUCUGCUGUUCGACUGAGUGCGCAUGAAGAACAGGCAGAUCAGGACAUGAACAGAUCGUGUUUUGUCGUGCUCCUCGGGCUGCUGUGGCGGUGUUGUGGAGCUCAGCAGAGAGGUCUCUUCCCAGCUGUGCUGAACCUGGCCUCCAUGGCAGAGAUCAAGACCAAUGCCACAUGUGGAGAAACGGGACCAGAAAUGUACUGCAAACUAGUGGAGCAUGUACCAGGACAGCCCGUGAAAAACCCUCAGUGUCAGACCUGCAACCUGAAGAGUGAUUAUGCUAAUGAGCGGCAUCCCAUCGAGUAUGCCAUCGACGGCACUAACAGAUGGUGGCAGAGCCCGAGCAUCAUGAACGGGAUGGACUACCAUUACGUCACUGUGACUCUGGACCUGCAGCAGGUCUUCCAGAUCGCUUAUGUGUUCCUGAAAGCUGCAAACUCCCCUCGGCCCGGAAACUGGAUUCUAGAACGUUCUCUGGAUGGUGAAACAUUCAUGCCGUGGCAGUAUUACGCGAUUACAGACACAGAGUGCAUCACACGCUUCAACAUCGUCCCCAGAACAGGCCCGCCAUCCUACAUGCAUGAUGAGGAAGUCAUCUGUACUUCCUUCUACUCUAAAAUCCAUCCUCUGGAGAACGGAGAGAUUCACACCUCACUAAUAAACGGCCGUCCUAGUGCGGACGAUCCAUCGCCCACAUUACUCAACUUCACCUCGGCACGCUAUAUCCGCCUGUGGUUCCAAAGGAUCCGCACCCUAAAUGCUGACCUCAUGACCCUCGCCCUCAAUGAUCCCCGAGACAUUGACCCCAUCGUCACCAGACGGUAUUACUACUCCAUUAAGGAUAUAUCAGUAGGAGGAAUGUGCAUCUGUUAUGGUCACGCUAAGGCCUGCCCUCUCAACCCAUACAACAAGAAAUUCAGCUGUGAGUGUGAACACAACACUUGUGGCGAGAGCUGUGACCGCUGUUGCCCUGGUUACAACCAGAAACCCUGGAUGGCGGGAACCUUCCUCACAUGCCACGUCUGUGAAAAGUGCAACUGUCACGACAAAUCAGAGGAAUGCUAUUACAACCAGACUGUGGCUGAUGCUAAGCUGAGUUUGAAUAUGCAUGGUGAAUAUGAGGGAGGCGGAGUCUGCCUUGGUUGCUCUGAAAACACAGGAGGAAAUAACUGUCAGUCAUGUGUAGAUGGCUACUACAGACCAAGUGAGGUGAGUUCACAUGAGUCCUGGCCCUGCAGACCCUGCUCAUGUGACCUGAGAGGUUCACUGCACUCUUCAUGCAUCCCAGACGAGAGUCAGGCCACCGCAGGUUUGGCAGUGGGCUUGUGCAUCUGUAAGCAGGGAUACGCAGGUGAGAAGUGUGACAGGUGUGCGUUUGGAUACACAGGAUUCCCUCUGUGUGAGCGAUGCAACUGCAGCAGUGAAGGCAGCGUUAACCAGGAUCCCUGCCAGCCGCCCUGUGUGUGUAAGGAGCAUGUGGAGGGACAGAACUGCGACCGCUGUAAACAGGGAUUCUAUAAUCUCCGUGGAGACCGUCUCCGUGGAUGCGAGAAGUGCUACUGUUCUGGUCUAGCCAGCCUGUGUACUGAAUCCCACUGGGACUACAGUAAUGUGACGGAUAUGUCUGGAUGGUAUCUGACAGGAGCGGAUGGGGAGGGGCUUGUGUGGGCGGUGCCCAGCAGAGAGAUGGCCCACCAGCUCACUGUCAGCAAAUCAGACGUGCAGACUCACCUGACAGCACCGUACUUCUGGAGCGCCCCAUCUGCUUACCUGCGCAAGAAACUCUUGGCGUACGGAGGCUCGCUCUCUUAUGACACAGAGAGCAAAGACGACCCCAUUCCCAUCAUCAGCGCUCCUGAUGUCAUCAUAGAGGGCGGCGGGCUGAGGUUGAUUGACAGCAGCUCUGGGGUCGCGGUGUAUCCGUUCUCCACAGCUGAGCGCAGGAUAGAUCUCCUGCCAGAGAGCUUUCAGCAUCAGGCUGUCAGUAAGAGAGACUUCCACAGCGUCCUCAACAACAUCCAGCGUCUGCUGCUCCGGGCCUCCUACACUCAGGAACACAGCGCCAUCUACAGGUUGGGUCGCGUGAGCAUGAGUGUGGCUGCUGAAGGCUCUGGCAGCGGCGUUAAGGCCCGCGCUGUGGAGGUGUGCCAGUGUCCUCCCGGAUAUGACGGCACUUCCUGUGAGAUGUGUGCGAUGGGCUACCGCAGGGUGAACGGGACACUGUACCACGGCGUGUGUGAACUCUGUCAAUGCCACGGACACGUGGAGUGCUGCCAUGACGUCACUGGACACUGCCUGGGCUGUAGGGAUCACACGGUCGGACCGUACUGUGACCAGUGUGCUCCUGGAUAUUAUGGAGACGCCACCAGAGGAACUGCAGACGACUGUCAGCCAUGUGCUUGUCCUCUUCUCAGCCCAUCAAACAAGUACGUCACGUGUCAGUGUCACACUAACGGAUCGCUCUCAGAGUUGUGCCAUCAGGAGACCGGACAGUGCCAAUGUCGACAACAUGUUGUUGGACGUCAGUGUGAUGAGUGUAUGUCUGGCUUACACAUGCAGGGCGCUCAAGGCUGCGUCCCAUGCCAUUGCAAUUCAUUUGGAUCGAAGUCGUUUGAUUGUGAUGAGAGCAGUCAGUGUCGCUGUCAGCCUGGUGUGACGGGACAGAAGUGUGACCGCUGUGCUCCCGGACACUUCAGCUUUCAGGAAGGCGGCUGCACACGGGCAAUGCAGCUGUGCGGCUAUAACGCAUUGGGGUCAGUGGCACAGCAGUGUAAUGUGAACACUGGCUGCUUGGCACAGCAGUGUAAUGUGAACACUGGCUGCUGUAUGUGCCAUGAGCAGUUCAGGGGCGAGAAAUGUGAUGAGUGUAAGCUGGGUUACAGAGACUUCCCACAAUGCAUUUCCUGCCAGUGCUCGGUAGCAGGCUCGUCACUGGACACCUGCGAUGCAGAGUCUGGGCUCUGCGCAUGUGCAGACAGAAGUGGGCAAUGCUCUUGCAAGGCCAAUGUGGAGGGAGUGAAGUGUGACCGCUGUAAGAUGGGCUCUUUCGGCCUCAGUCACAGGAAUCCACUGGGCUGCAGUCAGUGCUACUGCUUCGGCUUGAGCAGCUCAUGUAUGGAGGCCACAAGACUCAUCCGUAUGAGGCUGACUCUGAUGCCAGAACAGACCGUUCUUCCUCUUGUGGACAAAUCCAGUCGUCAGGAAAUCACAGUGGGCGUGAGCUUUCAGCAUCCUGACAUCAUCGCUAAUGCUGAUGUGGUUCAGCAGCAUCUGAGUGAGCCAUACUACUGGAGACUGCCAAAACAGUUUAAACGCUCAAUGAUAACAGCCUAUGGUGGGAAGCUGAAGUAUGCCAUCUAUUACGAGGCUCGUGAUGAGACGGGCCGCACCUCUUACGAGCCCCAGGUCAUCUUAAAGGGCGGCCCCAAUAAGGACAAGGUCAUGGUUCGCCACAUGCCAGUGCUUCAGAUUGGCCAGCUGACCCGUCACGAGAUUGACAUAACAGAGCAUGAGUGGAAGCACAGUGAUGACAGGCCGAUGUCUCGUGAGGAUUUCAUGGACAUACUGUUUCAUGUCGAAUAUAUACUAAUAAAGGCCUCACACGGCAGCGUCAUGAGACACAGCAGGAUUUCUGAGAUCACUUUGGAGGUGGCUGAGGUGGGGACGCACUCACAGGACAGUGAAAUCGCCCAUCAGAUUGAGAAAUGUGACUGUCCUCUGGGAUACGCCGGUCUCUCCUGUGAGGAAUGUGCGGCUGGGUUCUACAGGCUCGCUGUUGGAGCCACGUCCAGAGCGGGAUUUGGCACCUGUGUCCGGUGCCAGUGCAAUGGACACAGUGACUCGUGCGAUCCUGAAACAGCCGUCUGCCAGGUACGUACACCCUUAAUGAAAGCCUUUAGUCCCACCUGUCAGACGGAGGGUUUUAAUGACUACCGCUGCAUCGCCUGUCCUGAAGGCUACGAGGGAAAACACUGUGAAAGGUGCGCUGCUGGUUUCCACGGUAACCCGAGCGUGUUGGGCGGCCGGUGCGAGGAAUGUAAGUGCGAUGCUUACGGUGCAUUUCCCUCCGCGUGUGACCCGCGCUCCGGACAGUGCCGGUGUCGUCCCGGAGCCAGCGGCCUGAAGUGUGACCAGUGCAUGGAGAGGCAUGUGUGUGGCCCUCAGGGCAUCGUGUGUACGUAUGACACAAAACAUGAGCCACUCUUUGACCCUGAGCCUUCCCUUGACAUCAUGCAGACGACUAAAGUGUCUGCAGAUGGGGAGCAGACGGCAGCAGAUGCAGAGCGGAGCCGUAAAGGAGCCGAGGACCUGGAGCUUUACAUCAGGAGCACACUGCUGGCUGCUGAAGCUUUAUGGGACAAAGCGCGUGAGCUGAACGCAACUCUGGGCUCGAGGGACGGGGCUCCUGAGAAGAGCGUGAACGAGAGGAACGAUGAAAUCCAAACAAUGCUCGCAGAACUACGCAAACGCCAGCUCUCCGGCAAGAAAAACAUUGCUGACGAAGAACUGGGCAGUGGCCAGAACUACCGCAAGGCCAGAUGCACUGCCAACAGCUCUAGGCAAUUGAUGUGCCAAAGCAGUCAGGGCCCGGUCCAGAGCCCCGAGGCUGCCAGGGAAGGAAUGGCGAUGUCUCCGCCAUCUCCUGAGAAAGAGCAGCUUCCCACAUCUCUGGGUUGCCCAUGUCAGUGCUACUUCGAUGACUUAGCGGCCGGCUGGGACACGGGGGGCACCACACUCCUGCGAGAGGCUCAACGCGCUGGCCUUGAUGUUGUUUCAGCACGGGGUGGAGCAGCUCUGGAGGACGCAGGAGGGCGCCCACAGCGACGAGUAAACUGGGGCUUGGCCCACGGCAGAGCGGUGGCAGAUGGUGCAUCACGCCGGGGCAAGAUGUGGCAGAGGCGGCUUGGCCCGCAGCACUGUAAGCAUCAGCCGCAAGAGAGGCCGUCAGCUUACAGCUUUGGACAGGAGGCGAGGACAAUUCCUCCAAGUGGCGGCGUUUUGCGGGCACGAGUGCACCUCAACAGCACUCUCUGUCUGGGGAAUGUCAACGUAUCCCCUAGCUGCCCCGCCAUCGAGGGUAGUGAGGAUGGAGGCAGACGAGUGGCUUCUGGCCGAAAAAAGGGGCCGUCCACGACAGAUCAGAUCCUCAUGCACCUCCGGGAAGAAUGGAACCAGGGCAGGGCGUGGUCACGAGCCACGACCCGUGCAGAGGAACCAAUCAUCCCGCCGCAAGGGCUCGGGACCUGGAGGUGUGCACGCCUCCAGCCUGGGAAAGCACGGCCGUCAACUCUGGGUCCGAUUCCACCCGAAGGGGGCCGCCCCACCGAAUCUUCAUCCUCAGACAUUCUAGCUGAGGCAAAGAACCUGUCCUUCAACGCCACCGCUGCUUUCAAUGCUUACACCAACAUCAAGAACUACAUCGAUGAGGCCGAUAAAGUGGCCAAAGAGGCAAAGAAAAGCAGCAUUGAUGCUCUACAGCUGGCCUCAGGACCCAAAGGAUCUCUGAAAGGCCAGGCCAAGGGUUCGGUUCAGAAGAGUCACCGUCUGUGGAACGAGGCCAAAGAGCUGCAGAAUGACGUGAAAGAAAAUGGAGACAAUCUGGGUGCUCUUCAGUUCAGACUGAAAGGAGCCAACAAAAAGAACAAAGACUUACAGAAAGGCCUGAACAACACAAUGGAGAAACUCAACGCCAUCCCUGAUGAUCUAGCAGCGAAGAUCCAGGCCACUAAGCUGAAGGCAGCGGAGGCCAACGACACGGCCAUAGACGUGCUCCACCGCCUGAAGGACAUGACCCUCAACCUGAUGGGCCUGAAGAGGAACCACAGCAAACUGGAGGACGACAAUGUUGGUGCCGGCCGCUCCUCUGUGUGUGUGUCUGCAGUUCAUGCGGCCGGAGCUAAAGUCAAGGAUGUGGAGAACGAGGCCGAUAGGUUGUUGGAGAAACUGAAGCCCAUUCAGGAGCUCCAGGACAACCUGAAGAAAAACAUCUCGCAGAUCAAAGAGCUCAUCAGCCAGGCUCGCAAACAGGCCAACUCUAUUAAGGUGUCUGUGUCGUCCGGUGGAAGCUGUAUCCGCACCUACCGGCCGGAGAUCAGGAAAGGCCGCUAUAACACCAUCAUCCUCCAUGUGAAGACGGUUGCUGCUGAUAACCUGCUCGUCUACCUCGGAUCAGCCAAAUACGUGGAUUUCUUGGCAGUGGAGAUGAGGAAGGGUAAGGUGAACUUCCUGUGGGAUGUGGGAUCAGGGGUCGGCCGUGUCGAAUAUCCCGAUCUCGUCAUCAACGAUGGAAACUGGCAUCGGAUCGAGGCCUCACGUAUCGGGCUGAACGGCAGUGUCUCCGUCCAUGCGCUGGAGGGGCCCAAAACUGGCAUCUUACCGACCCUCAGAAGUGCUAAAUCACCCGAGACUUACACCGUGCUGGAUGUGGACCAGAAUGCUUACCUGUUUGUCGGUGGCAUGCUGGGCUCAGUGAAGAAGGCAGACGCUGUGAAAACCACUGCAUUCUCAGGCUGUAUGGGAGAGGCGUCUCUGGAUGGAAAACCCAGCGGCCUCUGGAACUACAGAGAGAGAGACGGGGAUUGUGCUGGAUGUGUGGUCAGUCCUCAGCCAGCGGACACUGAAGGCACGAUUCAGUUUGACGGAGAGGGAUACGCCGCCGUCAGCCGACCCACCCGAUGGAACCCAAACGUUUCCACGGUCAUGUUCAAGUUUCGCACGUUCUCCACAGACGCGCUCAUGAUGUACUUCGCCACCAAAGACAUGAAGGACUUCAUGAGUGCAGAGCUGAGCGAUGGGAGGGUAAAAGUGAGUUAUGAUCUGGGCUCAGGCACCGGCUCCAUCAUCAGUGACAAACGCUAUAAUGACGGCAAAUGGAAGUCGUUCACCAUGUCCCGCAUGAAGAAAGAAGCAAACAUCGCCAUAGUGAACAUCGACACUAAUGAGGACGAGCAGUUGCGGAUGGCGUCUCCAGGUGGAGCGACAGGCCUCAACCUGAGGGAGGAUGAGAGGAUGUAUUUUGGCGGUGUACCAAAGACUGGAAACUACAGGUCAGAGGUGGUUUUGAAGAGAUUCUCUGGCUGUAUGAAAGACAUUGAAGUUUCCAGAACGCCGUACAAUCUGCUGAGCAGCCCAGACUACACAGGACUGACCAAAGGCUGCUCCAUUGAGAACCUGCACACCGUGAGCUUCCCCAGGCCCGGGUACAUGGGCUCAGAGAUCUCUCUCUCCUUCAGCACGAAGAGUGAAAACGGCAUCAUCCUGUUCGGCAGAGGAGGACUGACCUCUAUGACGCAGCUGACGCAGGGCCUGACGCCUGUCCACAUCCCGCGCCGCUCGCGCAGACAGACCGGAGAGGUGCUCACACACACCUCACACUCUCAUUCAGUCAUGAGAUUACUGAAAUGUGAAGGUGAUUAUGGAGCCACCCUUCCAGCAGCCAUUACCCAACGAUCAUCUUUUGAGGGCUGCAUCUGGAACCUUCUCAUCAACACUGUGCCCGUGGAUUUCUCUCAGCCCGUGGCGUUUGAGAACGCAGAGAUUGGGCAGUGUCCUGACCUGGCCCCGCCCCAGACCCCUGAGGAAGAGGAGGAGGAGGAAGAGGCUCUGAGGCCUACAGAAGCAGCUCGGCCUCCACCACCAGCCUCCACUGCCACGCCCCUCGCUGAAGCCACGCCCAUCCCAGACACGCCCACCAGUGUCCGAGAAGCCGCGGUAUUAACCUCUGAUAUUCUGGAUGUGGUGGGAAUGUUGUACGUGGGAGGUUUACCGCUCAACUACACCAGCAAACGCAUCGGACCGGUGCUGUACAGUAUCGACGCUUGCAUGAGAAACUUCAAGAUGAUGCAUCUGCCGCUGGACAUGGAGAAACCCGCGUCUAGCUACCGUGUGGGCUCCUGCUUCGCCAACCCAGAAAAAGGAACUUAUUUUGAUGGCACCGGCUAUGCUAAAGCUGUGGACACGUAUCGAGUGGGUAACGAUGUGUCCGUGGGUCUGGAGUUCAGGACGGCACAGAGCAGCGGCGUUCUGUUCGGCAUCAGUAGCCAGAAGAUGGACGGACUGGGAAUCGAACUUGUCAACGGAAAGCUUUUAUUCCAUGCUGAUAAUGGAGUUGGGCGCUUCACAGCCGUAUAUGAGCCGGAUCCGGAGGCGGGGCUUUGUGAUGGACAGUGGCACACUGUCUCCACCCACAAGCUGAAGCACCGCCUGGAGCUCGUCGUGGACGGCAAGAAGUCCGAUGCAGCGAGUCUAGACGCCCGCUCUGCCUCCGCUGAUACCAAUGACCCGGUGUAUGUGGGUGGAUACCCCGAGGGUCUGAAGCAGUUUGGACUCACUAUAAACACACCGUUUAAAGGCUGCAUGAGAAAUGUGAAGAUCACUAAAGCUGGGAAGACUCUGGAGGUCCAGAUGAACAAAGUCCUGGAGCUCAAAGGAGUUCAACCUCUCACCUGCCCUGCUGGUUAAACACACACACGCACAUGCACACGCACACACUCACACACACACAUGCACUCACACUCACACACACACACGCU